AUGGCCGAGCCGUGGCUGGUGCUUCUCCUGCUCCUCGGGUAUCUAGCUCUGCUCACAGGUGUGGGGGCUACACCUUUCCCCUCUUUGGCCCCACCGAUCACACUACUGGUGGACGGGAAGCAACAGACACUGGUGGUCUGCCUGGUCUUUGAUGUCUUACCCCCUGGCCUCGACAGCCCCAUCUGGUUCUCAGCCGGCAAUGGCAGUGCCCUGGAUGCUUUUACCUACGGCCCUUCCCCAGCAGCAGAUGGCAGCUGGACUAACCUGGCCCAGCUCUCCCUGCCCUCUGAGGAGCUGGUGGCCUGGGAGCCGUUGGUCUGCCACACGGGGUCUGGGAUGGAGGGCAGCAGCCGGAGCACGCAGCCCCUACAGCUGACAGGAGAGGCUUCCUCAGCCAAGACCUGCCUCGGGGAACCUCUCAGAGGGACGCCAGGCCUGGCUCUGCGGCUGGAGGCGCUGCGGCUGCUGCUUUUCAAACUGCUGCUGCUGGACGUGCUCCUGACCUGCAGCUGGCGCCGCGCACCGCCCGCAGGGCUGCCCCGCCCGGGGGCCUCGGGGCUCCCCGCGCUCGCGAUGGCUCGGCGGCGGCAGGCUCCCGUCUGA